AUGGAGCCGGAUGAGCCGUAUCACUUAGCUUGGGAGCGCUUUCAGACCUUGAUAUCCUGUUGUUCUCAGCAUGGUCUAUCCGAUUGGGCGUUAGUAGAGAAAUUCUACAAUGGUCUUACUCCUGAGAUUAGAGCUCGCUUCGAUACUUCAACAGGAGGUCAGCUUAUGGGAAAGAAGACGGUGGCUGAGUACAAUGAUUUGUUCGAGAGUUUUGCCCACUCUAAUAUGGACUACAGUACUACCAGCAGGACUUCCAUUCCUGUGCGUACCACCUCGGCCGGUCGAGGGGUAAACCAAGUUAGCUUGGAUCCAUCGGUAGCUGCUGUAGUCGAGAGUUUGAGGCAGGAGAUGAGGCAGGAGUUGAGUGAGAUAAAGAAGAAAGUUGAUAGGUGUGAGGUUUGCCGAGGAGGUCAUGAUACUAUCGAUUGUCCUACCCUUACUCUUAAGCAGGUAGAGUACAUAGCCGGUCAGUCUAGGGGUCCCACAAAUCCGUUCAAUAAUUCUAAUUCCAGCUGGCGCGGUAGUGGUAAUUCGAGUGGUUAUCGUUCGUCUGGAAAUCCUCCUGGAUUUCCAUCUGGUCAGUAUCAGAGUAGAGGGCCCGGUAUUUACACGAGUUCUAGUUCAGGGCAGUUUAGUGGGUCAGGUUCGAGUGGGCAGUUUGCGAGUGGAGGAGCGACUCAGGAGAGUCAGGGUAGUGGAAAGGCUCCUGAGGGUAGUCUGAGCAGGUUAGAGGAGAUGUUCGCUCAGAUGAUGACGCAGAAUCAGGCGUUCGUUAAAAGUCAGGAGCAGACUAAUAAGAAUCACGAACUCCAGCUCAAGAGUCAGCAGGCCGCCCUUCUUGAUCUUCAGCGAACAGUAGGCGGACUUACUAAGCAGUUACAGGAGCACCCGCCGGGUCAGUUUUCGGGAAACACCUUCACGAAUCCCGCGAAUCAGUCAACGAAGGCGAUUAUGACCCGUAGUGGGAAGAGUUUGGGAGAGGUAGUGAGAGAGAGAGUUGAGGAAGAGAACGAGGAAGAAGUUGAUGAGGAGAUUGAGAUGGAGGCUCCAGCCCGUGCCAGGCAGCAGAAAUAUGCUCAGGAAUACGGGAAAUUCCUCGAGAUGUUUACACAGCUGAAAAUCAAUCUUCCGUUCAUUGAGGCGUUUCAGUCUAUGCCUAAGUAUGCGAAAUUUCUCAAAGAUCUUUUGAAGCGUAAGGAGAGAAUCGGUGAGCUUUCGAAUAUUCCGUUGACAGGAGGUUGUUCUGCGGUAGUCUUGAAUAAGCUACCAGAGAAAUUGACCGACCCUGUUACUUUCACGAUUCCAUGUUUCUUUGGGGGAGCCGUUACCCCUGCUCACGCCUUAGCCGAUUUAGAGGCCAGCGUCAAUUUGAUGCCAUUUUCGUUGUAUGAGUGA